AUGCUGCAAGCUGCUCUUCUUGAGAGUGUACCUCGGGUAGAAGCUGCUGAAGAUUCUGCUGCGGUUCCUACUGAAAGCACCCCGCAGGAAGAGAUGGACCCGGAGGAGAGCUUGAAGCCUCCUGAAGUUCCUGUGCAAGCGUUGUACAAGGAGAGUGAAGGGCCUCCUCUUCGGUGGGGUCUCCCCCGUACCGUAUGUACGGGGGAGUUCCCACCGGAACUACAGAAGUACGUAGUGCCGGUCCCUUUGAAUUGGCAAGCAACCUGGACAGAUGAGAUGUGGAGAUCCCUUUGUGAGGGUGAUCAGAGAACAGCAUGCACCUCAGCUGGCCGCUUGUUGAUUAGGUCCGCUGCGCAUCAUUGUGCAAUCUGGGCCACUAGGUUCAAGAAGGCUACUUGGUUGUAG